AUGGACGGUGGACAAGAUAAUCUGACAGGAACUGAGUUGCUUUCAAGUUCCGAAAAUCAAAGCGAGAAUCAAAGCAAAAAUUCAAACAAUAGUUUUAGUGACGAAGAUAAUAGUUUAGAUGAAUCAGAAGAAACGAGUGAAAAUAGUUUGAGUGACGACAACGAUCCCGAAAAAGAUGUGAUUGGGAAACAAAAUGCGGACUUAAUCUCAAGUGCGAAUUUUGAUGAAAACAAUUAUUCAUUAGAUAAAUUAAUAGUUAUUUAUAAAACUGCGUAUAGCUAUUCGUUGCGCUCAUUUUAUGAGAUGUUUCAAUCUAUACGGAAAGAGACGGACCGAGUGAAUAUAGAAAACAAACGAUUAAAUGUUUUAAACAAUAAACUGAUGGACGUUCAUUUAAAUUCCAAAGAUAUUAUUUCCGAAUUACAAGAAGUGAAUGAACGCCACAAAAUUGAAUAUGAAAAAAUGUUAAUAAAAUAUGAAGACGAGCAAAAAAAUCACACAAAAACGUUAAAAGAACUGAACGAAUUGAAGCAAAGUGAAUUUUUUUCAAAUCGGAGUGCUUCUGUGAUUGCUUCCCUUCAAAUCUCAAUUGAAAAUGGCAAAUUAAAAACCGUUGAAUUAGUUGAUUCUUUUGACAAAACGAAAGACGAUGCUCUCGAGAUUGCAGUAUUAGAAAAGACUGUCGACGAGUCGAAUAAAAAGUAUCAGAAGCUCUUAGAUGAGAAGAAUGCAUUAGUUCUUUUGAAUAGUUCCCAACUAGUAAAUGUGACCGAGAAGCACCACGACGAGAUUUUGAAUUUGACCUCAAUGUUGUCACUUGCUCAGAGUAAAGUUGUUGACCUUGAAAAGAAGUUAUCACUCGUUUCAAGUCUCCCGCAGCAGCCAAUUCAAACUCUUCAUCAAAAACUCGACCGCCCCGACAAACAAUCGUUGAAGUCUGACUUCCAUUUGUCUCAAAAUGGAAGCAAAGGAUUAGAAAAGAGUACCAAUAUAACACAGGUAGUACCUUUGAAUACCCCAAUAACUCCAACUCAACCAAAUGAGACCAAAUUUGAGAAGAAGACCUUUGUGAUCUCGCCAAAGCCUUUAAUUCCCCCAAAGCAUCGGCCCACCCCCUCGUUCUCUGAAGUCACCAAACUGUCACGCGAGUCCUUAAAUCUGAUGCAAUCAACCAAUUCGACUCAAAUCGCUCCAAUCACGCCUUUUGAACUCCCCAUAUUGAAGAAGGGGAAGAGUUAUAAAUACAAUAAGAGGAGUGCCAUCUACAAGAGUAAAGAAGUGAUUAACACUGUGAUGACCUGUGCCGAUGACUUCUACGUCUUAAAAGAGUGUGAGAAAGGGAGCGAGUUACUUAAAAUGACUAAAGGGAAGACUGAUGUGACUGUCGAGAAGAGUGAGAGUCUCAUGGAGUGUUGUGGAUAUCGCGAUGGGGUGGUUCUUUAUCGUGAUGGGGAUGUCUUAGUGUAUUCAGGGUACUUCUCGCGGAUCCUCAGUCGUGAGAAGGUCUUUGGUUUUAAUGGGUUCAUAGCAAGUGCUGUGGAUGUGUACUAUUUGUGUGAGAAAGGUCAUGUGAAGAAGGUGGGUGUCGCGUCACAGGAUGUCGGGGAAGUUUCGAUGGACGAGUUAGGGUUUGACCGGCGGAUGUAUGGAAACUAUAUCUUUUCUAUUAAGAACCAGCGGAUUGUGCGGAGUUCGAUAAAGAGUAAAGAAGUGAUUGAAGAAAAAGGGAGUGAAGGGGUAUCGUGUUACACGUUAUGUGAAGAUAACAUAUUUGUGUCGAUGCCAAGGGUGUCACAGAUAGGAGUGAUGGAUUUGAGUUUAAAACGGAUUAAAAGUUUCCCUGUGAAUUUCACCCCAGUGAAGAUGGAAAGUUCCGGGAAAUAUGUGGUUUGUGUCGGGAAAGGGAAUUAUAGUAUCUUUGAUAAACAAGGUAACAAUUUCUAUAAUGUUACUAUACCUAUUAGUAUCAUCGAUGGGAUUGCUUUUGGCAGAAUGAGAAAGAAAGUCGAUUGUCGAAUCUUCAUCGUCAGUCUCAAAGAAGUCUUCGAGUUCGGGACUAAACUCAAAAGUCAUGAGAUGGGCGUGUCCUUUAAUCCCGGGGAAUGUGUUGUCUGUAAAGAAUUGUCUAUGGACAUCGAGUGUAUUCGAUGUCAUAAAAAAUACCAUAACAAGUGUUUCUUACACACAGUAAGUGAAGUCGAGCCGUGUUGUGCAGUAGAUGACUGUUGA